UCAUACGUCAGUCUGGGAACUCCACCCUCGUCUCCGUCUGGCUCUCCUCCCUCUCCUCAUCCUUCUGUCCUGCACCAGUCUCGAGCUCCAGACCUCCUCAGGGAGCAUCUGAGGCAUACCAGGACUCUGGAGGCCCGGCAGAUGUGGAUUCUUCUCCUGAGCUUUUAAGCAGCUGCUGUCUGAAACCACAGAUCUGGUAUGUUGAUCAGAUCUGGUUCUGGGCUCUCAGCAUUUAGGAUCUAGAUCUGUAGACCUGCAGAAAGAGACUCCUGGAGUAUGAGGGGGAGCCAGGUGCUGCAGCUGUCCCUUUUGUUGGUGGGACUAUGUCAGGCCCGCCGUGCCUCUCCACCCGGUGGUCCCUCCACACCCCAGGAAGCAGGUGAGGUCCCUGUGUCCCAGCUGAGGAUGCUGUCACUGGGACUGGCUCACCUGCUGCAGGGGGUGGAGGAGAACGCCGAGCAGCUGGAGCAGCAGGGAGAGCAGGUGGCGGCAGAGCUGGACGGAGCCACAGAGAGUCUGGAGAGCCUUCGUAAGCAGAAUUUACAGGCAGGACGGACUCACAGGCAGGUGAGGAAGGACCUGCAGAUACUGAGUGCCAGAGGGGACAGGCUUUGGAGGGCUGCCAGAGAUCUGCAGAAGGGGCUGGAGGAUCUGGAGAGGGAGCAGGGAGCCAUGCAGCACCGCAUGAACCGGAUCCUGCAGAAAGUGAAGAGCCUGAGCGAUCCGAGGUCAGUGGGUCGGACUCAGCUCGACAUCAGAUCCGUGAAGGUUAUCAUGGAUAAACAGGCCCGACGGCUCGCCAGUCUGACCUCAGAGGUUUCAGCCCGAGACAGAAUGAUUGACAGGCGCCUGCAGCACAUUGACCACCUGGAGAAAUGGGUGUCCGCGAGGCCUCCAGCAGCACUGAGAGCAGAUUCUGACUCCGACUGUGUCUGAUGAGCACAGCUGCAUCAACACAGCCGCUCUGAACUGGUUCAUGACAAGACUUUGUAAGGCUGACAAAAUGAACUGUGCUGAAUCUCACCAAAGGAUCUGUCACAAUCAAAUUCAACUCUGCUGUGGGUUCCUCUCCAACAUAAAUGUGUCAAAUACAACAUAACACAAACUGUUGUCGGUGUGUGUGUUGUCCUUAACAAGACACGCCUCUGUUUAAAAAUGAUUCAGAAAUAAGACACUCCUCUUCCUGAGUCAUUAUGUUGAGGCUAUGACUUCCAUAAUAUUGUGGUUGACGACGGCGGUGAAACGCCUUGUGAAGAUACACUUUGCUCACACACACCCAAAUAAACAGACGCACACUGAAGUCAGAGACACUUUCAUACAUAAACACACACUGCUGAGAGUUUUCUGACCAAGUUAUAAGUCGUUUAUGUUUUUGUUUGUGUGUGUGUGUGUGUGUGUGUGUGUGUGUGUGUGUGUGUGUCUGUGUGUGUGUCAUUAAGUUGAUGGGUCACAUGUGCCAUAAUGAACACUGUAUAAUGUUGAGUCAUGUUCAGUGAAGACAGAGGAGUAUUAUUUCAGUAGUUACAAUAAAAGUAAAAUAUUCAA